AUGUCACUCCCCUCGCCCGACGAGAAGGACGGCGCUCACACUCGCCGCCCGCUCCAAUACCAGAGAAAUAUUGGCUGUGACAUGUCCAUGAUAUUUUUUGCCUGGAUCACCGCCCCAGAAUACCGGUCACUGCAAGUCGACAGUGGAGACGGCCAUCCCGACAGCGCAUUCUUCAGUCUUAACAUAUCGCUCUACGAGAAGAAAUUUAUUGCUUCCGAAUGGGAGAACAUGUGGUUUUUAUUCUACGGCCGCGUCCACCCCUACACUCUCACCUGGCCGGUCGAGCCGGACGAUAGUCUCGAGACUAUUAGGAGUCCUCAGGACUACAACACUCCCGUGCUCAUGGUCCGCGACCAAAGUUACCACUUCAUUGCCCCGCAAUCCUUUACCGCCACACAGAACCUUCCCACCAUGCCCCCCAUAGUCAGCUUCGCUGGGCCUGUCAUCGGCUCCGGCCAGACCCUCCUCCAUGGAGACCUAAUAUCGACACUGGGUGACACACAACUCAAGUGCUGCGGCUUCGUCCAGCUUUCGAGCUUCAUUCUCCCUGGGAACCCAGAUAAACCCCACUUUGGUGGCUUCCAUCCUUUUCAGGUCUUCGUCAUCUUCCCUAUUCACGCGGAUCCCUGGACCUCUCUCUGCAAGAAGAUGAUGGACAGACACGCGACCCAGUUUCAGCCCCACACGCUCUUCGCGUGCACUGGCAAGGUGGCAGGUUUCCUUAACCACCGCCACAUGGCCAACUCCCCGGAGCUGGCCCAGGAUUGCGUGUUUAUUGUCGUCCCAGAUACUUGGACGUUCUAUGACAAAGCAGCGCUAGAUUCUGUCUCAGCGCUCCCCUCGGCCAAUGCUCCAGUUGAAGGGCCUCGUAGCGAUCCUCCGGGAUCUUCGAAACGAUCAGACCGUUGGGCCCACCGCGUGCCAUCCACUCCUUCGAAAAAACAACACACCUCCACCUACCAAUAA